AUUAACAUAAACUUUCUCUUUCUCACACUGACAAUGACACACACUACUUGAACUCUUCUCUUCUCUAUAAAAAUAAAACGCCACUCUUCUUCCUCUUCAAGAACCCACCCAUAACUUAAUUUCUUGACUUUCUGUGGAAACAACUUGUUUCUUCAAAUGGGUUGUUCGGUUUUACUUUCCGCAGUACUAGUAUUACUCCUCUCUAGUUCAAUAUUUGUCUUCUUCCGUGGAAACGCUAAUCACCUAACAACUGUUGAAGAGGCUGACAAGGUAACUUUACCUGAUCAGCCAAGAGUGGUGGAUUUUGAGCAGUACGGAAAUUAUAUAACUGUGGACGAAAACCAUCAAAGGAAACUAUUUUACUAUUUUGUUGAAUCUACGACUGAUCCGGCGUCGAAACCAUUGGUACUAUGGUUGAAUGGAGGGCCUGGUUGCUCUUCAAUCGGCCAAGGAGCCUUCACAGAGCAUGGUCCUUUUAAACCCACUGCAAUGGGUCUCGGUCUUGUGGAGAACCCUUACAGCUGGAAUAGAGUGGCGAACAUGCUCUACCUUGAUUCUCCUACGGGUGUUGGUUUUUCCUAUUCAGCCAACUCAUCUGAUUACUAUCUUGUGAAUGAUGAGAUGACAGCAAGGGACAAUAUGAUGUUUCUUCUAGGCUGGUUCUCUAAAUUCCCUAAGUACCAAAAUAGUGAGUUUUUUAUCACCGGAGAAAGUUAUGCUGGUCACUAUGCUCCUCAAUUGGCCCAGCUAAUCCUUCAAACCCAACCCAACAUUAAGUUGAAGGGAAUUAUGAUUGGAAAUCCUCUCUUGGAUUUUGACACAGAUUUCAACUCUAGAGCUGAAUAUCUGUGGUCUCAUGGCCUAAUAAGUGACUCUACCUACUCCAGAUUUACAAAAGCCUGCAAUUUUGCGACCUACAAACGGCAGAAAAGAAUCGGUAACAUCAGUACCAUCUGCUCUGAUGUGUAUCAUGAAGUCGUAACAUCUACUAGUAGGUUCAUUGAUACCUUUGAUGUAACCUCCGAUGUGUGUCUAGAUUUCCUACAGGCGCACAGGCUGCUUCAUCCGCAUUCUGGAGAGAAGAUGGACGUUUGCCUGGAAGACCACACUGCAAAAUAUUUGAAUAGGCAGGAUGUCCAGAAAGCUCUUCACAGCCGUGUUGUAGGGAUGCCAUAUUGGUCAACCUGCACUUCUGUUAUGCUAUAUGAUUUUCAGAACCUUGAGAAUCCUACCCUCUCUUUGCUAGGGACACUUGUUAAGGCAGGUGUAAGGGUUCUAGCAUAUAGCGGUGAUCAAGAUUCUUUCAUUCCACUAACUGGGACUAGAACUUUAGUGAAAGGAUUGGCUAAGGAUCUGGGAUUGAACACAACUGAGGUCUACAGAGUUUGGUUUGACGGUAAACAGGUGGCAGGAUGGACGGAGGUUUAUGGUGGGUUUUUAUCGUUUGCAACAAUAAGGGGAGCAGCUCAUGCUGCUCCAUUUUCUCAGCCUGAGCGAUUACUGGUACUGUUCAAGUCAUUUGUGGAAGGAAAAUCUCCUCCAACUUCUUGACUGUAUAGUUAGUUUAGUUAGCUUAACACUAGCUAGUUAGUAAUUUUGUUAGUCUGUUAGUCUAGUAACCAUGGUUAUUUCAGCACUUCACUGAGUAUUAAUGCUUGUAACUUGACUCUCUUAUCAAUUUGAGAAAAGUUCAUUUUCCAAUUAUACAGUAGAAUGUUUGUGAA